AUGGCCUUCACUGGUAAGGAAAGCACCAGCAGAAACAGAAGUGAUAAUCAAAUUACAUUUGCAUACAGAGAAGAGAAAACCAAAACACUCUCAAAUGGCGUUGCAGUGGAUGAUACUCACUUACGUCGUCGCCGUGGAGGCGGUUCUAGCGGCGGUCUUAACCAUUCCAUCACCGAAGCUUUUGAAGUAUCGAUUGGUGUCUCUUGUCUCUCUCCUUCUCCAACCUGCUCUCUUCAUUGUUCCUUUCGCCGGCUUCCAGCUCCUGGAUAUCUAUUGGAAGAAUGAGCAUCGCUUGAUGUGCACUUCGGAGAUCUGUACCGCUGCUGAGAGGGAUCGCUAUGAGAAAUCGAUCUACAAAGCUCAGAGGAAUGUGAUUUUAUGCACUUCAGCUUGUUUGCUCUACUGGUGUGUCUAUCGCAUAUGUAAAUAUUACAAGGAGAUUCAAAAUUUGGAAGAGGUGGAGAAGAGGUACAAGAAAGAGUAGUGUAUUCAUGUUUAUCUCUGCCUCAGCAAUAGGUGCACAAAAGAGUAAUGCUUUACUUUCUGUAAGAACCUUGUAUUACGUUGUCUUGUUAUGAUUUUUGAAUUUCAUGCGUUUGCAAGUGCAUCUCUAUUCUCUUGUGCUUGUUGCAUUUUUUUUUUUUUUUCUGUAGCUCUAAAGCUGCUGCUUUCAAUUAUAUAUGGAAAUACAGGAUGAAUGUAAGCUGGUUAGAAACCCGGCCAUUACUAUUUAGUAGUGGUUUUCAUUGUUAACUUCACAAUAACUUAUAAAAAAUUCCAUCUGUACUUUUUUGUCGUCA